AUGCGGUCACACAACUUUGCCAGGUCGGUGCUCCGUUGCGCUGCUCGCAACAGCGGCGCUUCGCCGUUAUCGAUAGCAGCACGACACGCACCUCUGCAUUCUCCAACUCGUCAUACAGUAAUCGAGUCCUCCCUUCGAACUGAUGUCGCUCUGUCAUUCAAUUCAGCUCUACGAACAUUCAGCAGCAGCUGUGUUUCGCUCAAGAAAAAGUCCAAGAAGAACGCCUUCGCCGCAGCCGAAGAUGACUCGUUCGAACAAGAAGACUUGCAAGACGAGGACGAUGACCUCUUCGGUGGCAUCUCCGACAUGUCCACCUCAGCGUCCACUACAUCCUCUUCCAGCGCAACCAUGUCGCGGGUGGAAUUCGCCAAAGCGCUGCAAGACUACCGCGCAGAAUUAGAGUGGGACUCGAUCGACAAAGGUCGAUUCCCUAGCCUUCACCGAUGGCGUUUCCUUGCUGAUCACGCAAACGACAAAGCGGAACUGGAAGAGUUGCUAGAUCUGGCGAAGCUGUACCGUGAUCGGGUGGGAUCGCUAGGUGUGGAGAGCGGCUCGAGGUUCGCUACGCGUGCGAGCAGUAAGAGAGUUCCCGAGGUAGCGCUGAAUGCGUUUCUCGACAGGUACAUCCAUGGGCUGGAGUACGACUUGGAAUCUCUGAUGGCGGUUCAAGACGGAUUGGUGAGGAAACUGGGUAGGAGGAAUAGGGAGGAAAUUUUGAACAGUGCCGAGAUUGAGGGAAGUCCGGUUCAGGCGACUGAUUUACUCGGUGUGCAAACUGCAACUGAAACUGAGACGAGCGAGGGUGCUGAAGAAGGUCAAGGGAAAGCCGAGACAAUUGCCAAGCAUCACGAGUUGGAUAUGCCUCUGGCACGAGCCCAAUUAUCGAUCAUUGAUCGAAUGUGUCUCCUCGUUUCGCUCUCGUCGAAUCUCUCGGCGUCAUCUCAACCCGAUCCGCUCCUCCUCUCCUACGUCACACGCGCAUACAUCCAAACCUUCCACCUCGCUCAACGACGCAAGAACCUCGCAACCAACCCACUGCUCAAAAACAUCUUCACGCGAACAGACGCACUCGUCUCCCUUCUCACCGCUUCCGCUCAACGCUCCAUCUCUUCUCACGCGAGCCAGAACGUCACCCAAGCGCAACGCUCGGUCGUCCUCCGAAGAAACCUCUCGACCACGCUCAGCUACGUCGCCAUCAGAGGUCAGGCUCGCUUCAAGGAUGGCAAGGGAAAGACUCUCGAUCCGGUGAGGACGUUGUACAGGCUCAUGGAGAGCGUGGAUCGUCAACAGAGCUCAGCGCUAGUGAGGAAGGUGGAGCCGUUGCUGCAGAGCUACAAGGCACCCUGA